AGUAUGAUGCGACAGUGGUGUUGGAGGAAAGCUGUAGAAGCUGUCUCCUUUACGUCCUCACAGGAUGGCAAUUUUAAUGUGCACAGGGUUGAAACUGGAGGUAGAUACAAGUUAAAAUGCUCUGUGUGUAGAAGCAACAUAAUAAAACAAAGAGGUUGAGGGAGACUUGGAACAACGACAUGGAUGCAAGGAACAACAAUGCUGAUGCAGGUAGAGGUAGCGAAGAAGGGACCGAAAAUAACAGACACGAUGGAAGGAGUAGGGUAGGGUCAGGCUCAGGGUGCAUAGAACUACCAGUUAAGGCAGCUCUGAGGGAGAAACAACAAGUUGUAACGUCAGCAACGACAACGAAAACGACAAGGCAUGGGGCUGAGAGCUCGAUGUUGGUGUAGCAAUCUUCACAUACUAUGCAAGGGAACGGAAAUUCAACUGAAAACCCUGUUUGUGCAGGGAAAAGUCCCAUAGUCCUUUCCUAACUUCUUCGUGGCAGUUUUCCUCUUUGUUUCUUUUUUAUGUGAUUCUAUUUUCUUUUUUUUUUUAUUGCCAUUUUUGUUGUGAACUAUGUUUUCCUAUAUUUUUUUUUUUGUAUUCGUAUACUUGAAAAUUGUGCAGUUCUAUAGUCACGGAAAACUACAACACUGCUGCAUUGUGUUAUUGCCUCAGUAGUGAAAAUGGUAACGAGUCCCCUUUUAACGCGCAACGAGUUGCCACGCCGUGAAGUUUAGUUUAUUGCUUAAUACCCUUCCAUUAAGAACAUAAUAUUUAUAUAAAAUCAACAAAAAUAUACAUAAAUAAAUAAAUAUUUAUAAAAUAAUUAUAAAUAUACUGUUCAUAAAAAAAAAAAAAAAACAUUUUCAUCCGCUGAAGAGGAGUUACCGUAAUAAUCUUGUCCCAGGUCCUAAUCUUCUAAACACCUCCUCCCUAUCAGCCACUGCUUUGUGAUGAUGCCUUUACAUGAAUUUGUAAGCGGAGUUCGUUUUAAUGUCGCUGAUAUACAUUGCUGCUGCAUUCAAAAUAGCUUACAAACACCAACUCAAGAAGUAUAAACAACUGCAAAAAGGAUAUCUAUGUACUACAUUGAUAAAUUAUCGGGUGGUUUUUGUUUAUUUAAAAUUUUGAACAACUCAUUUUGAACAACGAGUGGUACAACUAAACUUAAUCGUGCAAAGUGUAACUUUAAAAUUAACUGUGUUUUCAGUGGAAUUUUGUGAAAAAAGAAAUUGUUAAUUUGAGCCAACAAUUAUAGAUAGAUUUUGAAACCAAAAUUCGCAAGCAGCUUUAAUGCGAAAAAAAAUUAAUUUGCUGUCUCAAUGGAAAUAAUGACAAGCCGAUUAGUAAACAGAACACGGAAUGAAACGUAUGUAUUCACUUCAAUCACAACGAAUUGAUUCAAAAUUAAACAAACUAUCCCUGAAUCGUUUUCUUUUAAAGUCUUUGAAUCUUGAAAACAAUCCAUCAAUUCGACGUCAUAGAAGGAAAUUCUUCAGGCAUCAUCGGCACAAAAUCUUCCAACUCAAACGAUUUGCGCGUAAAAAAAACAUACUAUUACCAUUUUCCCAACGGCCGCCAUCAUUAUUAACACAGUUUGAUAUUAUAUUGAAACAACAACAAGCUAAUUUAUUCAAACAACAACGAAAAAGUUUAAAAAGUGAAUUUAGGAAAACAUUUAAGACAAUUAUUAAACCAUCACUCAAGAAGACUUCAUCAACAACAACAAUCAAUAGUCAAUCAAAAAAUCUGGAAGGCCAAAAGGAAAAUCAUCGCUUUUUUAAAACCGAAAUAGAUCCUGAUGCAUCAUCACCAACAACAAAAUUCGUAAAAAUUAAGAAUGAAGAGCUGCACUUUGAAAAUGAUGCCAUCAGCCCAAAUUCUGGAACUGGAACUGAAACUGAACAUUUUUAUCAUAGAAAUCUUAUGGAUUAUAAUGAAUUUAAAGAUUUCGAAAAUAGCUUAACUAAUAAUUUAUAUUGCCAGCAAAAUCAGUUGCCUUUUCAAGUCCUGGCACAAAAUCAGUAUACAUCUCACAUUCAAACGACUAGUCAUUCCACCAUGCAGUUACAACAUCACUUAAGCAUACAGCAGCAGGAGCUGAUUCAGCAGCUCCAGCUUGUACAAAGGCAGUAUUUAAUACAUCAAGGCCUCGGCAAACCUUUGCAACUAGAUUUUCAAUCACAAAUCCACCGAUCAAUGUCACCAAUCAAUCCAAUGUCAGCAAUUUUUCAAAACAAUCAGAAUACCUCAAAUCAUCAGCAAACCAAUCACAACCAUCACCAACAUCAACAGCAACAGCAUAAUCAACAACAGCAGCAACAACAACAGCAUAAUCAACAACAGCAACAACAUUAUCGAGUUGCGCCACAACAUUUACAACAACAUCCCAAUCAUCUAACACAUACAAAUCACUCCCAUGCGACCCAUAUCGCAAAUCAUCAAUUGCACCAUCAUCAACGUAACCAACAACACCAACAGCAACAACUCUCACCGAAAUCAUCAGCAUCAUCAACGCAACAAAAUAAUUCCAUCGAUGAUUUGAGUAUGAUGAUGAUAAAUUCGCACGAGGAUGAACAACGAUUGUCCCCACCCCAGGAAAUGAGAAGCCCUGCUGUCAACAACAAUAUAAGUAGCAGCAAGAACUGUCAAACGGCCCCCAACAACAACAAUAACACCAAUGAAUCUGACAACCUCGCAAAAUACAAAAGCAACUUAAGGGACGAUUUUGUGCACUGUAGUAGUCCUCCCGAAAUAAAAUCCGACAUUGACCGCGAUCAACAGCAUACGCCAUCUAGUAAUGAGGUUGUGAACCCAACUAUACCCGGAAAUGGUGACACUACAUGGUCAACGGAAACACUAAGUAGCGAUAUCAUAACAUCAAGAUUUGUGGCGUCACCCUUGCAGCAGCAGCAGCAGCACCAGCAGCAACAUCAACAUCCGCAUGCAGACGCCAACCAUUUGGGUGGUGGCAGCGUUGGAUGUAUGGCGGGUUUGGGUGGAAUAAUUGAUGCUAUUGGAAACAUGGGUGCAAGUGGAAAUCCUGCUCCCAGAAACCACCUCAUCGACGAUUACAAUACAAAAAAGUAUUACCAUCCUCUUUAUGUGCAUGGAGUAUGUCGCUGGCCUGGUUGUGAAUUAGUUCUAGAUGAUGUGGCCUCCUUUAUUAAACAUCUCAACACUGAACAUAGCUUGGAUGAUCGUUCAACAGCACAGGCGCGAGUUCAAAUGCAAGUUGUCUCUCAGCUUGAAAUCCAUUUACAGAAAGAGCGUGAUCGACUGCAAGCUAUGAUGCAUCAUUUAUAUAUGGCAAAGCAAUUCUUAUCACCAAACAAAAGGGACUGCAAGCAGGAGGCAGAUGGGCCAUACAAUAUAGCAUGUCCACCCAAUCUUGGUAAUCCCGUGAUGCCGGUAUCAAUCACUUCACCAAUAUUGAAUAACUCAAACAUAUCAUCGAUUAGGAAAAGAAUUAGUGACAAAAAUCCCUUAUCAAUAGCAGGUGGUCUUCCCUACAUGUUGGAGCGAGCAGGCCUUGAUGUACAACAAGAAAUACAACGAAAUCGUGAAUUUUAUAAAAACGCAGAUGUUCGACCUCCUUUUACAUAUGCAUCUUUAAUAAGACAAUCUAUAAUUGAAUCGCCAGAUAAGCAACUUACUCUGAAUGAAAUAUACAAUUGGUUUCAAAACACAUUUUGUUAUUUUCGACGUAAUGCAGCAACAUGGAAGAAUGCCAUUCGAACAAAUUUAUCAUUGCAUAAAUGUUUUGUGCGUUAUGAGGACGAUUUUGGAUCAUUCUGGAUGGUCGAUGACAAUGAGUUUGUUAAGCGACGCCAUCUGUCAAGAGGUAGACCCAGAAAAUACGAGCCAUCAUCGUCGCCGAACUCACAAAAUGGGGCUACAGGAGCACCAUCUAGUGGUGGUAGCAGUGGCGGCGGCGGUGGUGGUGGUACAAAUUUAACAACCAACAUUGGAGACAUCAUUGGAAAUAAUAAUGAAAGCAACUACCACCCACAGGCAAUGGGCAAUGACAAUAGCGACAUGACUGACAUUGGCGGCGGAGGAGGUUGCGGUCGCAGCAGUAGAGUUGAUGGCAGAUCUUCCUCUUCAGCAAGUGAUCGGGAUUUGUGUCAAAAAAAUGUCAGAGAUAUUGGUACUGGUGGAAAUGGAUGUAGUAAUGACAAUGGCAGUGGAAUCGGUAGGACAGGAAAUAGAUAUAAUUUAAUUGGUGGUGGAUUUUUACCAUGCAACUAUCAGUCGCAGAAUUGUUUUAAUUUUCCACUAUACAGAAGUGCAUCCCACGAAUCAAUGUCGAGUUCCCCAACUUAUGGAAAUGGAAAUUUUUCUCCCAGUUUACAGAACAUCUGGGCUUGUCCACCUGUGUUAUUAGAAGAAGCUGCUGCAUUAACUGUAAACGCCCAGCUGUUGCGUCAAAAUCAUGAGAAUUAUCGAAAUCUAAGCUUACAACGAUCACCACAUGACAACAACAACGAUCCAAGAUCGUUACAACUUCAUCAAAGUAACACAGCGCAUUGUAAUCAGUUUAUAUCAACUUCUGAUAAAAUUCUGCUAUCGAACUUAGAACGAAGAUGCCGCAGUGCCAUAAAUAAUAGUUCGAAUAGCAUUUUUGCGUUAGCUAAAAAUUUAGAACAACACCAUCAAUUACAGCAACAGCAACAACAGCUGCAACUUCACCACCAACAAUCGGAUUCAAUGCCAUCAGAUAUCUUAAUUGAACAUGCAACUAAAAGUCUUGCAAAGGACAUGGAGCGAGCUGAACUUGAUUUUAAGGCUGCACCGGAAGAUCUUUCAACAAAUUCUAUAGAUGCUAUGAAAUAGUUUAGAUAUAAGUUUCUUGAAUUUUUAGGACAAUGAUUGGAUUAUUUCAUUAAAUUUUUUUUUUUAAACAAAGCUCCUUAUUACAGAUGUAACGAUCUCCCUAUA